AUGGCGAACGACAAGGCCCCUCUCCCAUUCGUGUACAACUUCGCGGCCGGCGCGAUUGCUGUGGCCGAACGCAGGUACCCUCUGGAUGUCGUCAAGACCCGGGUGCAGCUCCAGACAGGCAAGGGCGCCGGUGCGGAUGCGUACAGCGGUAUGAUUGACUGCUUCUCCAAGAUCAUCAAGAAUGAGGGCUUCUCUCGCUUGUACCGCGGUAUUACUGCUCCGAUUCUCAUGGAGGCGCCCAAGCGUGCGACCAAGUUUGCUGCCAAUGAAAAAUGGGGCAACUUUUACAAGGACCUGUUCGGCCAGCAGACCAUGAACCAGCCUCUUUCCGUCCUGACCGGCGCCUCGGCUGGUGCUACCGAGUCUUUCGUCGUCGUUCCCUUCGAGCUGGUCAAGAUUCGUCUGCAGGACAAGGCCUCGGCCAGCAGGUACAACGGCAUGGUUGAUGUCGUCGUCAAGACGGUGCGCAACGAGGGUGUCCUGGCGCUGUACCAGGGUCUUGAGUCGACCAUGUGGCGUCACAUCCUCUGGAACGCCGGCUACUUCGGCUGCAUUCACCAAGUCCGGCAGCUGGUCCCCAAAGCCGACACCAAGCAGGGCCAGAUUGUCAAUGACAUCAUUUCGGGUACCAUUGGUGGCACUGUCGGUACCAUUCUGAACACGCCCCUCGACGUGGUCAAGUCUCGCAUUCAGAACACCGUCAAGGUGCCCGGCGUCACUCCCAAAUACAACUGGGCCUGGCCUGCCGUGAUCACCGUGGCCAAGGAGGAAGGCUUCGGCGCGCUGUACAAGGGCUUCAUUCCCAAGGUCCUCCGUUUGGGCCCGGGUGGCGGUAUCCUUCUCGUUGUCUACACUGGUGUGAUGGACUUCUUCCGCAAGAUGCGGGACGGCACGGCGUAA